AGAAUAAGUUCCAAUAGAGAAGAGGAGAAGAAGUAUAAAAAAAGGAAUGAACGGCAGCAGAUGAGGGAAGCAAGUAUGGAUCCAACGGCUGAUAAUAGCUAGGGCUUUCUUCUAAUCUUUUAUAGACGCCACAGUUUCUUCUUCUUCUUCUUCGUUCUCUGGAGCUAAUAUCAUACUAUCAAGGAGAAGCAAAAAGAAAUGGGGAAAGGUCCAGGUCUCUACACGGACAUCGGCAAAAAAGCCAGAGACCUGCUGUACAAGGACCACAACAGUGACCAGAAAUUGAGUAUCACCACUUACUCUCCUGCGGGUGUUGCCAUCACAUCAACCGGAACAAAGAAAGGUGAAUCGCUCUUGGGAGAUGUAGUUUUUCAGCUCAAGCAAAAAAACAUCACCACCGAUUUCAAAGUUUCCACUGACAAUACCGUUUUGAUCACUGCUACCGUUGAUGAGGCUGCCCCUGGAUUGAAGUCCAUCUUCAGCUUCAAGGCCCCUGACCAAAACUCCGGCAAGAUUGAGCUUCAGUAUUUGCAUGACUACGCUGGUAUCAGCACCAGCAUGGGAUUGACUCAGAACCCAACUGUCAACUUCUCUGGUGUUGUUGGGAACAAUUUGCUGGCUCUUGGUACUGACGUUUCCUUCGACACCAAAUCUGGCAGUUUCACCAAGAUCAAUGCUGGCCUCAACUUCACCAAGGAUGAUUUGAUUGCUUCCCUUACCCUGAACGACAAAGGAGAUUCUGUCAACGCCUCAUACUACCACAUUGUUAACCCGCUGUUCAACACCGCUGUUGGAGCUGAAGUGAACCACAAAUUCGCUAGCAAGGUCAACACCAUAACCGUGGGAACGCAGCACUCGAUUGACCCCUUGACCAUGGUGAAAGCACGUGUGAACAGUGCGGGGAUAGCCAAUGCACUCAUUCAACACGAGUGGUCACCCAAGUCCUUCUUCACAGUCUCUGGAGAAGUUGACACUAAGGCCAUCGACAAGAGUGCUAAGGUUGGAUUGGCUCUCUCUCUCAAGCCUUGAUAAAUGACCCAUCCCAAGUAGUAGUUUAUUUCUACUCACUUCCCUCUUGCUUGGUUUUAAUGGCGGGCUACUUGCUAAUCUUUUUUCCCCCAUUUUCUUGUUGGAUUUGUAGAAGUGAAUAAUAAUAAUAAAGUUGACAAAAAAGAUGGUUUGUCUUGGUGACAUGAUGAAACACUAAAAGAUCUUUAUGUUUCUUUGCUA